CUCACUUUCUUCAGUAUAUUUAUCACCAGUGAACUUUUCAUUCUGUCAGCAAUGGCCUAUGACCGCUAUGUGGCCAUCUGUAAUCCUCUGCUCUACACAGUCAUCAUGUCACCAAGGGUAUGCUGGGCACUGGUAGCAGUCCCCUAUCUCUAUAGUGCUUUUCUCUCUCUGAUAAUCACCAUAAAGAUUUUUAUUUCAUCUUUCUGUGGCCAUAAUAUCAUUAAUCAUUUCUACUGUGACAAUCUUCCCUUGUUGACAUUGAUAUGCUCAAGCACACGUGACAUUGAGUUGAUAAUACUGAUCUUUUCAGUGUUCAAUUUGGUUUCAUCUCUUCUGGUGGUCCUUGUGUCCUACAUACUGAUCCUCCUGGCCAUCCUCAAGAUGCAGUCUGCAGAGGGCAGGCACAAGGCCUUCUCCACCUGUGGAUCUCACCUGACAGUGGUGGUUGUAUUCUAUGCAACUCUAUCCUUCAUGUAUAUGCAGCCCAAGUCCAGUCAUUCCUUUGACAGUGAUAAAAUGGCCUCUGUGUUUUACACUUUGAUCAUACCCAUGCUGAACCCCUUGAUCUAUAGCUUGAGAAACAAAGAUGUGAAAGGUGCCCUGCAUAGAUAUAUACAGAACCCUAAAGAUUCCACCAAAAACCUAUGA